AUUUUCAAAUUCACUUCCAUUCCAUAUCUCUUUAUCUCUCUCAUUUCUUCAACAUCUGAUUUCAAUUUUUCACCCUCCAAAUUCAAAUUUUCUCUCCGUCAAAAUCCAAGAAGAAUGUCGGCGUCAACUGUGUCAAUCACGGCUGCCCCGACGACCCGGAGGCGAUCCGUCGUGGCCGUCGAGAAGAGGUCGGCCAACAUCGAACUCGUCUCCGCCGAGCCCCAAUCCCAGAGAGCCGACGACCCAACCGCGGCUAACAACAGAGAUCUGAGUCACCAGUCCAUCCGAAGCGAAACCGCCGUCGACCGCUCCGCCCAGGCCCGAAGAACCGGCGGCACUUCCACCGUGUCGCCGCCUUCCGGUCGCCGCUCCUCCCGCAAAGCCCUGGACGGAACUCAGAGGCCUCGCUGGCUCAGGCUCCUCCGUAUCUUCGGCAAGUGGCUCGGCCUUCUGGUCUUCGUCGGCGGUUUGGGGCAGAUACUCACGCGCCUCGCGUACUGGCCAAGCGCCGCCGGGCCGAUGGCGUUCACCGACUUAGAGGGCCGGAUUGCGGAGGUGGAGGCGUCGAUGAAGGAGACGAGUCGGAUGCUUCAGGUUGGGGUGGACAUGGCGAGCAGGAAGGUUGAUAAAGUGGUGGGAGAGUUGAGGAAGGAAGUGGAGGAGAGAGGUGUUUCUUUGGCCGGUGAGUUGCGGAAAAUGGCGGCGAAAAGCGAAGGGCUGGAGAGGUCUGUGGAGGAGCUGAAGAGCGUGGAUUGGCUGUCCAAGCAGGAGUUUGAGAGGAUUUAUGAGGAAAUGGAAGGGAAGAGCGGCGAGUUGGGUGCGAGUUUUGAUGAUAUAAUGGCGUAUGCGAGGAAUGUGGUGGAGAAGGAGAUAGAGAAGCAUACUGCGGACGGGCUUGCUAGGGUGGAUUAUGCAUUGGGGAGCGGCGGCGCUGUGGUUGUGAAGCAUUCCGAGCCGUAUGUGGUGGGUAAAGGGAGUGGUUGGUGGACAAAUAUGAGGAAUCGGGUUCAUAGUGAUGCUGAGAAGAUGCUGAGGCCGAGUUUUGGAGAGCCUGGGCACUGCUUUCCAUUGAAAGGGAGUAGCGGGUUUGUGCAGAUUAAGCUCAGGACAGCAAUUAUUCCCGAGGCUAUCACUCUGGAGCAUGUCUCCAAGAGUGUUGCUUACGACAGAACAAGUGCUCCCAAGGACUGUCGCCUAUCUGCGUGGUUACGAGGAGUGCAUGAUCAGGGUUUAGAAGUCCAUACAGAGAAGAUGUUACUUCUGGCUGAGUUCACAUAUGACCUCGACAAGAGCAAUGCCCAGACAGUCCCAGUAUUGGACUCAGCUGUGUCUAACAUUGUUGACACAGUGAGGUUGGACUUCACAUCUAAUCAUGGUAGCCCUUCACAUACUUGCAUAUAUCGUGUGCGAGUUCAUGGGCAUGAACCUGAAUCUGUUUCUGUGAUGGCCAUGCCCCAGUCUUAGAUGUUAGCCCUCAAAGAUCAGUCAUCUGUUUUGUAGUUUAAGUACUCGAUAGGUACAGAUUUAUGGUUAUGUGCUUAGGGUUGUUCUCUAUGUCAUCUACGAUUUCUGAAUACUAGUUAACUAGUGUAAUGUAGUAGUCAUGUAUUUUUCAUUCUA